CCUCAAUUUCUCCUUCAGAUUCCUGUUUAUGCUGAUAUAAAAUCCAAGCCCUUCGACCCACUUAAACUGCAGUUGUCUCGAGACAUUUUAACUCAUACCUGUGGACCGAAACCUUAUUCUUUAUUUGGUAUCUUUCACAAACACCAUGGAAAGGAACAGCAACAGCAACAGCUGCCCUAAGGUUGUGUAUGAAAAACUAUACAAAGCUGUUACUGUCUCUCCAGCUUUCCAAGCAAUUCGCCGCAUCUCAAGUCGCCCACGAGAUCCUAGGCCUGAUAGCCCUGCUCCAAAUUCUUCACCACCACCACCUCUUUCUAAGAAAAUCAUUGAUAACCAACCCCAGACAUAUUCUCCAAAAAAACAUCGCAAGUCAGCAGAAAGUGCCAGAAGGCAUGACACGCCUAGAAAUAGAGAAGCAGCAGAAACGGUUCCUGUCAACUUCGAUUUUCAAAGCCAGAGUAUUCCAGCAAAUGGGAAAUCCAAGUCAACCACUCCACAUCCUCCCAUUCCAAAGACCACCCAAGUCGCUUCCAGGGUUAUUGAACCUGAAGCUAAAACAUCAAGCAUGGCUAUUGUACAAAGUCCAAGCCAAGGAAACAAGGCCAGUCAUCCCAAGCUUGAAUCACCUCAACAUAAUAAGCUGGAAGAAGGUAAUGAUAAACGAGGGAUGCACAUUGAAGAUAGGUUCACCGACUACAUCAAACGCGCAAGGAUUAAGAUCAGGACUUUGUCAAAUGCUGGGCAUGAAAAACAACAUGCUAGUCCAGGACAAGAUAAGUUCACGGAUUACAUUAACCGUGCCAAGGUUAAGCUUAGAACUACAUCAAGUAUUGGCGGUGAAAAGUCUUAACUCUUUUUAGUGAAGAUCAAGAUGGAGACUUGGGCAACUUCACUUUCGUUUAAGAGUGUGGUGGGAUGAAUAAAUUGAGAUGGGUUUCGUAAUUGUGAGAGAAUUACCUAUAGAUGUUGUGGAGGCCUGCAUAAGCACCUGUUUCUAUGCAGGCCAUGUUUGUUUUCUUCUAUAGUGUUGCGUUUCAUUUCAAGCUCCCAAGUAUUCUUGGUGCAAGAGGAUCAACAACAUAGGGCAUACCCUAUUCUGUUUGCUAUAUAUUAUGAGAUGAUGGUUGUGUUAUUAAAUCAAAUAGACUUUCUGAAGUCUACGUUGUUGCAUGUUCCUAGCUAUUUUUCAAUUGUGAAGCGAAUAUUUGUUUAA